CUCCUACCAUUCGUUCUAAACACCCUCACACCUUACAAACCCUUCAUCACUUUUCCCAUAAUCCCAGAAAAACAAAAAAGAAAAAAAAGAAAAGGGAGAAGAAGAAUAAUCAACAAUGGCUUCAAUUUCAGCAGUUUCAAUGGCAACUCCAAUCACAACAACAACAACCAAGACUACCUUCUUUAGCCCAUUACCCGUUGUUAAACCACAAAGGGCUACAUUAAUGGGCCAGAAGCCCAGAGCAAUGGGCCUUAAAGUCCAAGCAUCAUUGAAGGAGAAGGCUGUUACUGGACUUACUGCGGCGGCACUCACGGCGUCGAUGAUGGUUCCAGAUGUUGCCGAAGCGGCGGAGUUGGCACCUUCGUUGAAGAACUUCUUGUUCAGUAUUGCAGCUGGUGGUGUUGUGCUUACUGCUAUUGUUGGGGCUGUUGUUGCUGUGUCCAACUUCGAUCCUGUCAAACGAGCUUAGUAAUAUUAUUAUUAUUAUUAUUGCUUUUUAUUUUUACUUUUAUUUUUUAUAAUAUAGUCUUGUAAUUUCUAUGUGUAUCAUUUGUCUCCCUCUUUUCCCUCCCUUGCCUUGCCCUUCAUAUGACUUUGAUGUAACAUUGGUUUUGUUAUGUCAAUUUGACAUUUGAAUUGUGGUUU